UGCAAAUGAAAUUGAAAUUGAGGUUAUAAACUUAUAAAACAAAACAGUGAUAUUUUUCCCAUUUUCAAUUAAAAUUAUAUUUUUUUUAGUUAUAAUUUCUAAUAAAAUAGUCUGAAUCAGGUUCAUGGAACCAUGAAGAAAAUACCGGAGCAGAAAUUGCAAGCGUUCUCCGCUGGCUCAAUGGGAGCCCGGAAUCUAUCAAAGAAAGAGCUAGAAGAAUUACGAAAGAAGGAAGAAGAGGAAGCUGCAGCUCAUGUGUUUAAAGAAUUUGUGGAGACAUUUCAAGAGGCACCAAGCACCACCUCUAAGGUUUGGGUGAAAGCUGGAACUUAUGAUGCUGGUGCUAGAAAGGAAGACACCUCAGAGCGCGGUAAGCUCUACAAGCCAACAUCAAGGUUUGAGGACAAGCGCCCUAGUGCUGAGGAUGUGGUACGCAGCCUGGCGCAGCGCUCCACCGAGCAGACCAGGCUCAGAGCCAAGCAGAGCAAAGAUAAGAAGAAGAGUAAUCUUGAACUCUUUAAAGAGGAAUUGAGAAUGAUACAGGAAGAGCGCUCAGAACGGCACAAAUAUAAGAAUGUUCUCCGAGAACGAGGCGCUCCAGUGGGCGCCGAGCCAGCGUCUCUAGAGCUCCUGCCUGACGUCGGCUCUUACGAUACUGGAGACCCAAAUACAACCAAUUUGUACCUGGGCAACCUCAAUCCUAAGAUAACAGAGCAACAGCUAAUGGAGAUCUUCGGCCGCUACGGGCCGCUAGCCAGCAUCAAGAUCAUGUGGCCUCGCUCGGACGAGGAGAAGGCCCGCGGCCGCAACUGCGGCUUCGUGGCCUUCAUGAGCCGUCGGGAUGGCGAACGUGCGCUGCGCUGUAUCAAUGGCAAGGAGAUUAUGAGUUACGAGAUGAAACUCGGCUGGGGCAAAGCCGUGGUGAUUCCACCCGUGCCCAUAUACAUCCCGCCCGUGCUGCAGACGCCGUGCCAGCCGCCGCCGCCCUCCGGCUUGCCCUUCAACGCGCAACCGCCUAAACAUAGGGCCAACAAGAUACCGCGAGUCCGGCCGGGCGAGUACUACCCGAGCGACCCGGAGGACAGGAUGGCUUACGAGGAGAUACUUUCACAGUCGAUAGUCAAAGUAGUGAUUCCAACUGAGAGAAACAUCCUAAUGCUGAUCCACCGCAUGGUGGAGUUUGUGAUCCGCGAGGGCCCCAUGUUCGAGGCCAUCAUCAUGAACAAGGAGAUGAACAACCCGUUCUUCCGCUUCCUCUUCGAGAACCAGUCGCCGGCGCACGUCUACUACCGCUGGAAACUGUACUCUAUGUUACAAGGCGAUUCACCUAAACAGUGGACCAACAUCGACUUCCGCAUGUUCAAAGGUGGUUCAGUAUGGCGUCCCCCGGUCAUGAACCUGUAUACCGCGGGCAUGCCAGACGAGUUGGUGGACGAGGACGAGUCGAAGGAUAGUAUUAGAGGCACGCUGUCUAUUAACCAACGCGAUCGGCUCGAAGAACUAAUACGGGGGCUCACCCCAACCCGCACGGCUAUAGGCGAGGCGAUGGCGUGGUGCCUCGAACACGCCGAGGCGGCCGGCGAGGUGACGCAGUGCCUGGCCGAGUCGCUGGCGGGCGAGCACACCGCGCCGCACAAGCGAGUGGCCAGGCUGUACCUGGUGUCCGACAUACUGCACAACGCCCAAGCGAAGAUGACUAAUGCCAGCGCGUUUAGGAGCGCUAUCCAAUCUCGUCUCCUCGACAUAAUGCGCGACUGCCACGUGGCGUGGUCGCGCAUGAGCUCGCGGCUGCAGCAGGAAGGGUUCCGAGCGCGCGUCACCCGCAUACUGCAGGCCUGGGCCGACUGGGCCGUGUACCCCGCCGACCUGCUACUGGCCGCUAGCGACGCCUUCCGCGGACGGACGGACGCGGACAAGACGGAGGUGGAGGACAUAGACGGCGUGUCGGACCCGGGGUCGGGCGGGUCGUCCCCCGCGUCGGGCGGGUCGUGGGACGGCGGCGGCGCGGGCCCGCUGGACGGCGCGGCGCUGCGCCGCCUCGCCGCCGGGGCCGCCGCCGGGGCCGCCGCGGGGGCCGCCGGGGCCGCCGGGGCCGUCCGCCAGCCGCCCCAGACGGGCAACGACAUCGACGGCGUGCCGGUGGAAGAAGACGAGGACAUCGACGGUAUACCCCUAGAGGUGGAAAAGUCCCGUCCAGUGGGGGGCUUCAUCCCGUCCAAGUGGGAGAGCGUGGAGCCCACAGAUACUUGGCCCGAACCGGCGCAGCCCCCGCCUGCACCCUCCAUCACCCCCACGCCACCAGAUAAUACCGCUACCAUAACAAGCACCCCCGCCAAUACAUCAAUGUCGGAAGAGCUGUCCUUAAAGCGCUCAGUACUUCGAGACAUCGAAGUGAAAGUCCUGAAGUACGCCGACGAGCUCGAGGCGGGGCACCGCGCGCGCCGCCCCGGCCUCACGCCGCAGCAGCAGCUGCAGCACUACCGCCGCAAGCUCAUCAAGAAGGCGUCCCGAGAAGCGAAAGAGGCAGUAGAAGAAACAUUAGAGUUGCCCUCGCCGAGACGGCGGCUUUCUCCCGAAGACGACACAUACUCGAUUUCAUCGAAAAAGUCAAAGAAAUCUCGCGAUACAUCCCUGUCACCCCCUGUGAAGAGAUCGCGGCACAGUGACCGCAAGUCUCGGUCCCGUUCCCGAGACCGCGAACGUUCGGGCGAGCGCCGCGAGCGAGAGCGCGAACAUCGGCGGCGCCGCUCGCCCACCACACCUCCCUCGCACCAUCAUAGGAAACACGCCAAACACUCUAAAUACAAAUACUAGAGGGUAUUACCAUAUUAGAAAAGGACGGUUACAGAAAUAACUAGAUCAAGGGACCUAGCCAACUGACUUUUAGAAAAUGACAGUCGUAACAAAUGUAUGGAAAUAAUCACGUGACUUUUGGUUCGAUCUAUCAUACUUUUCGACUGGCGUUGUCGACAAACCACUGUGACCUUUAGGCCGAGUACAUGAUUGGCGCGACAGUAUCUCGCCGCGAGAUAGACUACCCGUCU